AGCCCGGGGAGCCCUGGUGCCGCCCUACAGCAGAAAGGCUCCUACCUGAAUUUCUGCGAAGCGUCCUGCGAGAGUGGAAAGCGUGGGCGGGCGCUGGAGGUGGAAGCCGAGCGGCCUGUCUCCUACGUUGCAAACUAUGUGUCGGCUGAGUCUCCCGGCAAGCAGGUUUCUAAACCCGGCCUCUCAGCCACUGACUCCAAAGCCUCCUUCGAGGCGCACGUCCGAGAAAAGUUUAACAGGAUGGUGGAGGCCGUGGACAAAACAAUCGAGAAGCGAAUCGACAAGCUUACCAAAGAGCUGGCGCAGAAGACGGCGGAGCUGCUGGAGGUGCGGGCAGCUUUCGUGCAGCUGUCCCAGAAGAAGCAGGAGGUGCAGCGCCGGGAGCGGGCCCUGAGCAAGCAGGUGGACGUGGCGGUGGAAAUGAUCGCAGCCCUGAAGCAGCGGCUCACCGAGUCGGAGGAGGAGCUUCACCGAAAAGAGGAAGAAGUUGUUACUUUCAACCACUUCCUGGAAGAAGCAGCAGAAAAAGAAGUGCGGGGAAAAGCCAGGCUCCAGCACUUCAUUGAGAACCUAUUGCAGCGCGUGGAUCUGGCAGAAAGGCAGUUAGAAUAUUACCAAAAUCGGCAGAUGGUGUGCAGCCACACCGACAUCAGCGAGCACGUGUUUACAGACAUUUCAUUAAAUAAGAAACCCAGAUGCCUGAGCCGAGGAAGUCAACAUACUUCAUAUAACAUCCCUGACGCAAAGCCUCAUUCCUGUCAAAAAGGAAGGAUCUUUUUUAAAAAAGCAAAGGAUGAAAAAAACAGCUUGCAGCCAGUGAAAUGCUUCUAUGAACCUGUUGAUUGCUCAAGAGAAAUAUGGAGAGCACAAAAGAAAGGCGAACCAGUCUGCUCUGCCAGGAAAAGUAGCGCAAAAUCAAAGAUGGGUAAAAAGGCCAGACCGUUAUAG